AAAUUCUCAGUAUAAUGAUGCCUACCUAUCACAGUAGGCACCGUCUUUAAGGGGAUAUCUCAACCUGAUACCUAUAUACAUACAUCCGUCCUCUGGAGACCAAACAUAAUGAAGGAAGUCAAUAUCAAAUGGGUACCUUGUUCAUCGUUGACUCACCACUUGAGCUAUCCUUGGAAGAGGUUCCAAACAUACUUGCAGAAGUCUCCACUCAUUCGCCUCAUUUUCUGGGAGAUAGAACACCAUUGUCCUUUCGUGCUCCGAUAUGGCGUCCACCCAUGGAACCCUGGGAGUUAUUUACCGACCAUGGAUGGGGGGACGAAUCACUCCGAUAAGUCCCUUUUUGGGGGUUCCUUACCCUCUUACCGCCAUACCCCAGGUCUUGCGACCCGCGCUAAUCGGGAUGGAUCGACGCGCACCUCCUCAGUAAGAGUAAAGCUGUGUCAUCCGGCCUCGCUGUAAAUUACCGUAUCCCGGUUGCAUCAUCCUCCGCUGCCCUUGCCUGCUUGGGGGAUCGACCUAUUAAUCCGUCUAUCUUACCUACACCUGCUCCCAUCCUCUUCUUCCUUCUUCAACUCUUCCCCAUCCUCCUCUCCCUGUGUCUCUUUCUCUUCCCAACUCAAGUCUUAGUUCAUCUUCUCCAUCUAUCAUCCUUCCCCUUCUCCAUCUCUCAACUAUCGUAUUCUUCCUUAGAAACCCUUCCUUUGUUGUUUUAAGACGUCACCCCUGUUGCCCGUCAUGAAAGGCAUCCUCGGCCUUUCCCUAUUGCCACUGCUGGCGGCAGCCUCCCCCGUCGCCGUUGACUCCAUCCACAACGGAGCCGCUCCCAUUCUUUCGGCCACGAAUGCCAAAGAGGUCCCAGAUUCCUACAUCGUUGUCUUUAAGAAGCAUGUCAACUCCGCAGCGGCGGCUGCUCAUCACAGCUGGGUGCAGGACAUCCACGACUCGAUGACUGGACGGACUGACUUGAAGAAGCGGUCUCUCUUUGGCUUUGAUGAUGAUCUUUUCCUUGGUCUCAAGAACACUUUUGAUAUUGGUGGGUCCCUGGCGGGCUAUUCUGGACAUUUCCACGAGGAUGUGAUCGAGCGGGUCCGGAGACAUCCUGAUGUUGAGUACAUCGAGAGAGAUUCAGAGGUCUACACCAUGGAGGAGGCCGUCGAGAAGAACGCUCCUUGGGGUUUGGCUCGUAUCUCCCACCGUGACAGCCUCUCCUUUGGCACCUUCAACAAAUACCUCUAUGCGUCGGAAGGCGGUGAGGGUGUUGAUGCUUACACUAUUGAUACUGGUAUCAACAUCGAACACGCCGAUUUCGAGGAGCGUGCACACUGGGGAAAGACCGUCCCUGACAACGAUGAAGAUGCGGAUGGCAAUGGACACGGUACUCACUGCUCCGGAACUAUCGCAGGUAAGAAGUACGGUGUUGCCAAGAAGGCCAACCUCUAUGCUGUCAAGGUCUUGAGGUCCAGCGGCUCUGGCACCAUGUCCGACGUCGUUCUGGGCGUCGAGUGGGCUGUCCAGUCCCAUAUCAAGAAGGCUAAGGAUGCCAAAGAUGGCAAGGUCAAGGGUUUCAAGGGUAGCGUUGCCAACAUGAGUCUUGGCGGUGGCAAGUCCAAGACCCUUGAGGAUGCUGUCAAUGCCGGUGUCGAGGCCGGUGUUCACUUUGCCGUUGCCGCUGGUAACGACAAUGCCGAUGCCUGCAACUACUCCCCUGCUGCCGCUGAGCUCGCCAUCACUGUCGGUGCUUCCACCCUCCAGGAUGAGCGUGCUUACUUCUCCAACUACGGAAAGUGCACUGACAUCUUCGCUCCGGGUCUCAACAUUCUCUCCACCUGGAUUGGCAGCAAACACGCUGUCAACACUAUCUCCGGAACUUCUAUGGCUUCUCCUCACAUUGCUGGUCUGCUGGCCUACUUCGUCUCUCUGCAACCCUCUCAGGAGUCUGCCUUCGCUGUCGAUGAGCUUACCCCUGCCAAGCUCAAGAAGGACAUCAUCUCGAUCGCCACCAAGGGUGCUCUUACUGAUAUCCCGUCUGACACCCCCAACCUCCUUGCCUGGAACGGUGGCGGCACCUCCAACUACACCGAGAUCGUUGCCCAUGGUGGUUACAAGGCUGGCAGUACCAUCAAGGACCGCUUCGAUGGUCUUGUCAACAAGGCUGAGAAGAUGCUUGCUGAGGAGCUUGGCGCUAUCUACAGUGAGAUUCAAGAUGCUGUGGUUGCAUAG